AUGGCCCAAAAAGAACUUCAGGAGAUUCCCAGACACUAUGACAUUCGUGAUUCUCACCAGAUGGUAUGGGUCCUGCAUGGAAAUGUAUUAAUAACAGCUCCAUCUAGCAACAACGUUGAGCCUGUCACGCUUCAGAUAAUAGCAUGUAGAGACACAGAAUACCAGGAUAAAGAAAAAGGCAAUCUGGUUUUCCUGGGAAUCAAGGACAAAAAUCUUACUUUGUCCUGCACAGAAACUGAGGGCAACCCUACUUUGCAGCUUAAGGAGAUCGGCAUCAUGGACCUGUACGGGGAGCAAACAGCACAAAAGCCUUUUCUAUUUUUCCACAGUAUGGAGGGCUCCACCUCUGCCUUUCAGUCUGUCUCCUGCCGUGAUUGUUUUAUAGCUAACUCCUCUGAGCCAAAUCAACCCGUCUUCCUCACCAGAGAAAGGGGCUCAAAUAACACCAAUUUCUAUUUAAUUCUUAAGAAUUAA